GUGCGAAAAUAUUCGCGAAGAAAGAUUCGUUUGUUCGUCAGCUACAUUAAAUAUUACGUUUAUGGCGAUGGAUUUCUUAAUAAAAGUUGUUACAACACUUUUGUUAUUUAUGAUGGUUAAAUUUAUUUUUAUAAUUUCAUACUUUUUGAAAAUGGACUUUCCAAUCAACUUUAAAUCUUCGUAUUUGGAUCCAGCUGCAUUGUUACAUACAGUCUAUGAAUUAUCACAAUGAUCCUAAAUAGGUAUAUCUAUUUUAUCUAGAUUAUACAUUUUUUUACAAUUCUCUGACCUUGGCAACUAUUCAAAUACCUAUUUCAAAUGUUUAUAAAGCGCGAUAGUGACAAAACAUACUUUCGCUUAAAGUAAGUACUAGUAAGGUAUCUAGUCUCACCUCCCAGGUAUGUGAAAUGAAGCAAUCGAAUGAUGGAAUCCAGUCUGAAAACAAUCGAAUCACUAAGGAAUUCAAUCUUUUAAAAUCCGACAACGUUAACCUAAACACGAAGAUCUCAGUACUAGAGAAAAAACUGACUGAUAGCUCAAUUAUUAUCGCUGAUAUUUCCAACCAGCUCUCAUAUAAAGACCAACUAUGCAGAAUGAAUAACCUUGAGAUUGCAGGGAUCCCAUACACGAAAUCAGAAAAUCUACUACACAUUAUGCAAUCCAUUUCUACAAAAGUGGGUGUAUCUUUGAGCACAUCCGAUAUUGACCAUAUUCACCGUGUGCGACGCUUUCCCUCUAAUAAAAUACCUACAGAAAGCAGUCUAGCACCAACACAAAUCCCUAACAUCAUCGUCAAGUUCACACAUCGCCAAAAAAAAUCCGAAAUACUGGCUGCGGUACGCGCAAUACGCGGUCUAACUACCUCCGAUGUGGAUAUUGACGGACCCGCACGACAUUUGUUCAUAAACGAACAUCUUACUCCUAACAACAAAAUGUUGUACAGUCGGACGCGUAAACUUGGACGGGAAUGUGGAUACUCCUACAUUUGGAUCAAAGAUUGUAAGAUUUUUGUCAGGAAAAACGACGUUUCAAAACCCAUUCUGAUUUCUUGUGAAAGUGAUCUUACAAAAAUAAAAUGA